AUGUCGCACAAUAUGAUCGUCAACAUGUCUUUCAACUGUCCCGAGAUUCAGAUUCUCGGGCCAGUGCAAGAGAGCACGAUUGAACGACUCAACGAGGUGCUUCCUGACUCGACAACUUCCACUCGCAGCAUCCGCAGUAACCAGCCAAAGUUCGAGUACGUGUCGAAUCCUGAUCACUGGCGGAUUAAAUUGGACAACCAGUUCUGCGACUCCGAGGGUGUGUCGCGCGUGAUUGUUUGUUUGCUGGACGCGCUCGAGGAAGAGGGCGGCUGGACGCUUAUAUCGUCUCAGGCUUCCAAUUCUCAGGGAGGCUCCCUGCAGCAGGAUUUUAUGUCAAACUACAAGUUUUUCUUCUCCAAGUACCAAGAUGGCGAGUAA